AUGCAUGUAUCGGCGGCGCCUUCGGGUUCUGGUACCGAGGCCCGUCAGGCCGGUGACCACCGGGAGGAGGAUGAGGGCGGUGCGCUAACGGCAAUGAGCAGUGUCGACAGCGGCUGCAACCCGAGUGGCCCAGCAGCAACCACAGCGCACCACCACCACCACAGUUACCAUCUGAACCCCGCAAACAAGCCCGACGCGUCAACCCGCGCCGCCCAGCUCCUCCGGCUCUACGCACCCACCUCGCCAUUACCACAGCGCCUGGUCUCCGUUACUGUCAACACCACUGCACUGCAACGGCAGCUUCCUACUGCUGCUGCCAAUGCUGCUUCGGUCGACAUCCCUGCUGCCUGUUAG